AUGGCGAUAAGAAAACGUUCGGCAUGCGGCCGUCGCAGUCUCCGCAGCAACGCCGCGGCGGCUGCCCUGCCCUUCCUCCUCCUCCUCAUCCUUUCAGCGUCGACGGACGCCGCAGCUCGACCCACCAUCAGCGCUCUCCUCGCAGUCACUGGACCAGCGGCGCGCCUCGUAGGCGGCGCGGCCGGCCGCGCCGAGAAUCUCGCGCGACGGGCCCUUCAAGACUACUCCGACUACGAGCCGUGGGUGGAACCACCUGAGGAAUGCCAUGAGGAGCAGGGGGAGUUGAAGUGCCCCAGUGGCGGCGGGUGCAUGCUCGAGUCGCAGGUGUGCGACGGCAAGCCGCAUUGCUCCGACGGCGGCGACGAGUCGCCCGACUUCUGCCGCGAAUUCGACUGCGAGCUCGUUCGCAAGGUGUCCUGCCCCUCUCUCACCGGCUGCAUGCCCCCAGGCAGCGAGUGCAACGGCGUGGCGGAUUGUGCGGACGGCAGCGACGAGGGGCGGCAGUGCCAGCAGGGCUACCAGGACGACAGCAACUACUGCGGCGACCAGGGCAUGGAGCGGUGCCCCUACGACCGCUACGCGUGCCUGCAGCAGCAGGAUUUCUGCGAUGGUUACCAGACGUGUUACGGUGGUUACGACGAGGCGAAUUGCGAGAGCUUCGUGUGCUCGUUCGGGAUGAUUCAGUGCCCCAAGACGUUCUACUGCGCGUGGGGGACGCUGUGUGACGGCGUGCAGGACUGUGUUGCGACUGCUGAGGCGGAGGAUGAGGAUAAGGCUUUUUGCAGGGGGUAUAGCUGCCCCGAGGGUUUUAAGAAGUGUGCAGAUGGGUUGCAGUGCGUUGCAGAGGGGUUGUUUUGCGACGGGACGGUGAAUUGCAAUGAUGGGAGUGACGAAGGGGCGGCCACGUGUGCUGUGAACCCCCCUGCUGGUGGUGGAACAGGCGGGGUUAAUACUCCUCCUCCUCCUCCUCCUCCUCCUCCUCCUGCUGAGACUGGAUCUGGUUCAGCUGGAAGCGGCGCUACCACUCCUCCUGGUGCUCCUCCCCCUCCUACUCCUACUGCUACCCCCGGUGGCAGCGGUGGCACUGUUGUUGUGCUGAGUCCAGAGGAGGUGGCGAGGCAGCGGAAGGACGCAGCAGCUAGGAGGGCGGCUGCCGUUGCUGCCAAGAAGCAGGCUGCUGCUGCUAAGCAAGCUGCUGUGGAGGCACGGCGCGCGAAGCAGGAGGCGAAAGCUGCUGCGAUUGCUGAGAAGAAGCAGAAGCAGGAGGAGAAGGCAGCUGCUAUUGCUGAGAAGAAGAGGCUUCAGGAAGCUAAGGCUGCUGCUAUCGCUGAGAAGAAAAGGAAGCAGGAGGAAAAAGCUGCUGCUAUUGCUGAGAAAAAGAGGCUGCAGGAAGUUAAGGCUGCUGCUAUUGCUGAGAAGAAGAAGAAACAGGAGGAGAAAGCUGCUGCAAUUGCGGAAAAGAAGAGGAAGCAAGCUGAGAAGGAGGCUGCACUUGAGGCUAAGAAGAAGAAGCAAGCUGAGAAGGCGGCUGCGAUAGAGGCUAGGAAGGAGAGGGAGGCUGCAAGGGCAGCAGCUGCGACCAAGUGA